CUACGGCAUCUGCCAUGGCCCUCUCCCCCACCUUCAACUUCACCCAAGGACAACUCUCCUGAUUGCCUUGACUACCUGUAGCCAACCGGAGCACUUGGCAGGUAGCGCGCUGGUGCGGGUCGGUCGACGGCCUGCAUGCGUGCAUUCCGCCGGCGCAGAGCCGGAGGCCACACGGAAGCGGGUGCGCUUGGUGGAGGGGACAGAGAGCGCUGCUGGCCUGAACGGUUGACAUCAGUACAUAAGGUCACGCUAACUUAUGACGCCCGCCGGACCCCGAUAUUGGAUAUACUGCCUUUGCCAUACUCGCGUACCUCCCCACAACGACGGUGACGACGACGACAUUGCUUUUGCGCAGACUAAGCCAUGGCUGAUAUUGAAGCUCAGGUUGCUGUUGACUCGGAUGAAACCGACUCGGCAUUUGGCGACGACUCGGCAUCCGAGACCACGUCCCUCAAGUCCGCCGUAUACAACUACAAGUACCGCAACGGCCGGCGAUACCAUGCGUACAAGGAAGGAGCAUAUUGGGGUCCGAAUGACGAGACACAAUCAGAUCAGUUGGAUAUAACGCAUCAUAUCUGUCUCCUCUUGCUCGACGGCGAGCUGUUUUUGGCUCCGAUCAAGGAACAGCCUAUGCAUGUCUUGGAUCUGGGAACGGGCACUGGAAUCUGGGCUAUCGACUUUGCCGAUAGAUAUCCAUCAGCCGAGGUCAUAGGAACCGAUCUUAGCCCCACCCAACCAUCCAUGGUCCCACCCAACGUGCGCUUCGAAAUCGACGACUUCACUGAGCCGUGGCUAUUCAAGAAAGAUCAUUUCGACUUCAUACACAUGCGAUCACUAUAUGGGUGUGUAGCGAACUGGGCGACCUUCUAUAGAGAAGCACUGGAUGCCCUCCAACCCGGCGGCUACGUCGAACAGCUCGAAAUCAGCGUUGUACUAAAAUCCGACGACGGCACCGUCACCUCCGGUUCCAUCUUCGGCCGCUGGGGCAAGAUCUCGCUCGAACUCGGUGACCAAUUCGGCAAAUCUCUCCGCACAGUCGACGAAUCGCGUGCGGGGCUCGAAGCAGCAGGCUUUGUCAACGUGGUAGAACGGCGCUGGAAGUUGCCGGUAGGAGGAUGGCCGGCGGAUAAGAGGUUCAAGGAGUUGGGCCAGUACAAUCGGAUUAACUGGGAGCAGGGCAUCGAAGGGUGGAGCUUGUACCUGUUGACGACGGUGAUGAAGUGGAGUAAGGAGGAGGUUGAGGUUUAUCUUGCGCAUAUGAGGACAGCGCUGAGGGAUCGGAGUAUCCAUGCUUAUCAGGAGGUAUCGCUGGUCUAUGGACAGAAGCCGCCGAGGCCAAGGAAGGAUGACGAUGAGUGAAUAGGUCAGCUCUAGAGCAAAGCGAAUUAUGAAGCAGCAAGUAAAACUCCG